UAGAUCAUUGUUGUAGACUUGUAGUUCCAAUACUUCUGUAAAUUCUGUUUGUUUCUUUCCUGAUUUCCAAGAUGUACGUUAUUGCUGUUGCCGGUGCUUGUGGAACUUUAGUCUGGUUAUUUAGACGUUAUUUCGGUGGUAAAAUAUGUCAAAACGAUGUCAGUUUAUGCGGAAAAACUGCUCUCAUUACUGGAGGAAAUACAGGCAUUGGGAAAGCUACUGCGUUGGCCUUAGCAAGAAAGGGUGCUAAAAUAAUAUUAGCUUGCAGAAGUUUGCAACGCGGUGACAAGGCAGCUGAUGAAAUAAGACAUCGAGUACGUAAUGCUAACGUGUGUGUAUUUUUCCUUGAUCUGUCUUCUUUGAAGUCCAUUAAACAGUUUGCUAAAGAUUUCACAAAGACAGGAAAUACUUUACAUAUCUUGAUAAACAAUGCCGGUAUUUAUGGCACUCCUCACUGGAAAUCUGAAGAUGGCUUUGAAUUGCAGUUUGCUGUUAAUCAUCUUGGACAUUUUCUUCUAACAAACCUCCUUAUGGACACUCUAGCUAAAUCCAAACCCAGCAGAAUUAUUAUUGUUAGUAGCUCAUUACAUAAGUAUGGUAGUAUUGACUUUGAAGAUUUAAAUGGUGACAAAAAUUACAAUCCAAGGAGAGCUUAUGCACAGAGUAAACUUGCAAACUUGUUAUUUGCUCACGAGUUAAAGCGACUACCUCAAGGUGUCACAGUAAACACAGUGCAUCCUGGGAUAGUAUUCACAGAAUUAGCAAGAUACACCACCUUUUAUACUCUUUUUAAAUAUCUCGCAUAUCCCUUAUUACUCCUAAUUCUCAAAACCCCUUGGCAAGGAGCCCAGACUUCCAUCUACUGUGCCACUGAACCGACAUUAGAAGGAGUGUCUGGAAUGUAUUUUGGUGACUGCAAGAAAAACGAUUGUGCCCCGCAUGCUAGAGAUGAUGGAAAGGCUAAAAAACUUUGGGAAAUUAGUGAAAAAAUGACAGGAUUAUGUACAGAAUAAUACAUGCUCUUGAACUUUAAAA